UUUUGGGGAUUUUUUUUGGCUUGGUGGCUGAUCCAUAAAUGGAUAGAUUGAGUCACUGAGUCAAGAAGGUAGUUGCUCAAUAUGCCCACUCCCCAACACAGCCGUUCCUCAGCCUAUAUAACAACUGACUCCAGCACAGAAACACAAAUCUCAUUCACCGAGGAAGCAUGAGGUCUUGCAGUCUGUGCAUCGUGCUAAGUUUGGCAGUAGCAGUUUACUGCGGGCCAGUAUCACAAGUUGCUGUGCAAGAUGAAAGUUUUGCAGAGAACUACCUGAAGAAAUUCUUCAACCUAAAAGAGGAGACAGGUCCAACUGUCAGACGGGGGAUCAGCCCGGUGAGCAAUAAGCUUAGAGAGAUGCAGCGAUUCUUUGGUCUCCAGAUCACCGGGACGCUGGAUGCUGAUACCUUAGAGAUGAUGAAGAAACCCCGCUGUGGCGUUCCAGAUGUCAACAUUGCCAGUUUCUCCACUUUUGGAGAAAACCUCAAGUGGACUAAGAACAGCCUUACCUACAGGAUAGAGAACUACACACCUGACAUGCCAGUGUCAGAGGUCGAUGACUCCAUAGAGAAGGCACUGCAGGUUUGGGCCAAAGUCACUCCUCUGAGAUUCACAAGAAUCAACAGUGGCACCGCGGACAUCAUGAUCUCCUUUGGUCGCCUACAGCAUGGUGAUUAUUACCCCUUUGACGGUCCUGGACGCACUCUUGCCCAUGCCUUCGCCCCAGGGCCUGGAAUUGGAGGAGAUGCUCAUUUUGAUGAAGAUGAGAGGUUCACUUUCCGCUCAAACAAUGGCUACAUCCUCUUCAUGGUGGCUGCCCAUGAGUUUGGCCACUCCCUGGGCUUGUCGCACUCUAAUGAUCGUGAUGCUCUCAUGUACCCAACGUACUCAUACAGAAACCCUGACUCCUUUGUUCUGCCCCGGGAUGACGUCAAGGGCAUCCAGUUUCUCUAUGGUCCAAACCCAGACAAGAACCCUGUUAAGCCUGGACCUAAGCCCCCCACCACCCCUGAUGCCUGUGAUCCAACCAUGGUCUUGGACGCUGUCGCCACCCUGCGAGGAGAGAUGCUCUUCUUCAAAGACAGCUUGUUCUGGCGUAGCUACCCCCAGAGCAGGACACCUCAACAAAGUCUCAUCACAAACUUCUGGCCCAGUGUCCCCGUCAACAUCGACGCUGCUUAUGAAAGCCGACAAUCAGACAGAAUCUUUUUCUUUAAAGGUCAUAGAGUGUGGGCUUUCAGUGGCUAUGAUCCUGUACCUGGCUAUCCUAAAACACUAACCAGUUUUAGACUGCCAAGAAAUGUAAAGAAAAUCGAUGCAGCGCUCUAUGAUGAGGUAUCUGGCAAGACUCUGUUCUUUGUAAGCAACUAUUACUACAGUUAUGAUGAGGCCAAAAGGACUAUGGACAAGGGAUUCCCCAAGCAGUUGCAUCAGACCUUCCCUGGCCUGACUAGCAAGGUGACCGCAGCUGUCCAGUACAGAGGUUUUGCUUACAUCUACAGUGGACCCCACAUGUUUGAGUACAGCCUGAGGACGAGGAGGUUGUACCGUGUGCUGAGGAACAGCUACUUCUUGCGCUGCUCUAACUUCUAGUCGAAAUAGUAAAUUUCAAAUAUUUCUAUUAUUCUAAAUAUUCUAUUUUCUACAUUUAAUAUAUAUUUAGAUGUGUUCACCUACAGUAUUCUAAAAUGUGAAAUAAUUUUUAUACUGUAUAUUGUCUACAUGUCUGUAUUAUAUAGCCUACUGUGCAACAUUGAUGCUGUGUAUGAGACUUUUCAGUCAUCCUGGAAAUUGGAUAUUUAGUAAAAAAUUUUAUCUGAGUGGCUUCUACUGUCAGGAGAUUCGAGAUUAUGCCUCUUAUCAAAAGUAUCA